AUGGACGAGCUCAACAAGGCCGCCCUCGAGCACUUUGUCUACCAGCCCGUCAGCCGCGACAUGAUCUCGUACUUGGCCGACGCCGCCCACAACGCCCUGCCGCCCACGCCCCCGAGGAGCCCCGAGCCCCGAUGCGCCCGCGCUGAAGACGACAGCCUGCCCACCCUCGACGAGUUCAUCACACAGCUCGUCGUCUCCUCCAACGUCCAGGUCCCCACCCUCAUGUCCACCCUCGUCUACCUCACCCGCCUCAAGGCCAAGCUGCAGCCCAUGGCCCGCGGCCUGCGCUGCACCACGCACCGCAUCUUCCUCGCCUCGCUCAUCCUGGCUGCAAAGUACCUCAACGACAGCUCUCCCAAGAACAAGCACUGGGCCAACUACACCCACAUCGCCACCGACCUCUACUCGUUUGGCUUCACCCGCACCGAGGUCAACCUCAUGGAGAAGCAGCUCCUCUUCCUCCUCGAGUGGGACCUCAGGAUCUCCGAGCAGGACCUCUACCGCGAGCUCGACGUCUUCCUCGAGCCUCUGCGCGUCCGCAUCGCCGAGCGCCAUGCCCGCAAGAUGCGCCAGCGCGAGGAGAAGCGCCGCCAGCAGGACCUGUACGCCGCCGCCUCGACCCGCUAUCCCAGCCCUGUCGCUUCCCGCGCCACCUCGCGCUCCCGCAACGCCAGCCUCGAGAACCUGCGCCCCGGCUCCGUCUCCCCCCCGGGCCUCACCUACAGCAGCUCGGCGAGCUCGUACGCCUCGUCGGCCCCCUCGAGCCGGCAGCAGUCGCGCUCCACGACGCCCCUGGAGUCGGACCCCGAGGCAACGCCCUACGAGACGCCCCUCAAGGCGCCCCUCUACGACUCCCCCGUCCAGAUUGUCGUCGACGCCGACUCGCAAAAGGCUGUACCCGCGCCGUCGAGCGCGCGCAUGCUGCCCUACGAGAUCUCGGUAGAGCACUAUCACCAGAUGCACGACGGCGCAGCCAAGAAGCGCCACAAACGUGGCAUGUGGGGGCGUCUCUUGGGAGGAGCCGUCACUGUUCGAUAA